AUGAAUGCCGAUGGAGAGGAUCCCAUUAAGGCAACUGAAUCAUGUGAAGGAACUGUUUCUAGAAGUGAAUGGAUUCCUGAAGUAGAAGAAUCUAAAAAACCAAUUGUAGGGAAAACUAUAUUCUCUUCAUUGGAAGAGGCCUAUGAAUUUUACAAUAACUAUGCAAGAUGUGCUGGUUUUAGUGUUAGGAAAUGCUCUUGCAAGUAUGCUAGCGAAAGUAAGAUGGAUGAUAGCAGUAGUGAAAUGGAAGAUGAAUUAAACUUGAAGAAAAAUAGAUUGAUAGUUUGGAAAAGAUUUGUAUAUGCGAGAGAGGGAAAUACAGAUCAGAAGGCACAAAAGAAAAAAGGCCAACUAAAAAGGAGAAGGGGUGAAACAAGAGAUAACUGUCCUGCCGUUAUGAUUGUGGCGUUUCAAAAAUCCAUUUCUAAAUACAUAGUUAAAAAAUUCAUUGAGGUGCAUAGUCAUGACCUGGCCACACCUCGUAAGAAGCAUCUAUUAAACUCCCAUCGUAUGGUGACGAAAACGCAGAGAAGCUUACAAGACGACUUCCAAGCAUCCAACAUUAAGACGACACAAACAAUGGCCGUUCUUUCAGCACAGUUGGGUGGGUACGAAAAUAUAGGUUGCACUGAAAAAGACUUGACAAAUUAUGAAAGGGAUAAGAGACAGAAAUCCAAGGGUCGUGAUGCUCAGAUGUUGUACGAACAUUUUGAAGAAAUGAAAGAGUUGCAUCUAACAUUUGAAUAUGAAGUGAAAGUUGACGAAGAAAAUAGCUUAUUACAUUGUUUUUGGGCCGAUCAUAUUGCACGUCAGUCGUACAAAUAUUUUGGUGAUGUUAUAGUCUUUGACACUACUUAUAAUACCAACCGGUAUGGUUUGAUAUUUGCUCCAUUUACGGGAGUAAAUCAUCAUGGGCAGUCUAUUACUCUUCGAUGUGGUUUCAUACACGAGGAAACCACUGAAUCUUUUAUUUGGUUGUUUGAGUCGUAG